AAACAUUUAAUCUUGUUUCGUAACUGCAAGUACCACCACAAGAACGCUCAGUCACAGUUCAAUCACAAGCUUUUUGUUUGUAUAUACCUCUAGGCCAAAACUUGUGGUGUGUGUUCAACGCUGACAAGGUUCUCCCUUUCAAGCUCACUCAACUGGUAAGCUCCACUGUACAUUAUUUUUCUGUUGCUCUAGUUAAAGAGAGAUAAAAAUGAACACAGAAAGCAAAUUGAUUCACUGAGAGUGGCAAGAAAUAACCCAAAAGCUGCUAAAUUUGCAUGUGGGUUUUCAUUGCAGUCAUCAGAUUACUGAACCCAAGUGAAAUUUACUAGCUUUUCUUUGUGGGUUUAUUCUGAUUGAUCAUCGAUCAAACCAUGGUCUCUGCAAUUCUCAAUGGGGCUGAGAACCUCUCACUCAUCAGAGGCAUAACCCCAAACGGGUUGGGUUUCAUGGGGUCAGAUCUUCAUGGGAAGCAAUUUCUGAAGAUGGGUUUGGUUUCAAGUACAAGAAUUUCCAAGUCUUGCACCAGAACCAUUGUGCCCAAGUGCAGCUUCUCAGCAUCUAGGCCAGCAUCCCAGCCUAGGUUCAUUCAGCACAAGAAAGAGGCUUUUUGGUUCUAUAGGUUCCUCUCAAUUGUGUAUGAUCAUGUCAUAAACCCUGGGCAUUGGACUGAGGACAUGAGGGAUGAGGCACUUGAACCAGCUGAUCUCAGUAAUAGGAAUAUGAUUGUUGUAGAUGUUGGUGGUGGUACUGGCUUCACCACUUUGGGUAUAGUUAAGCAUGUAGAUGCCAAGAAUGUCACCAUUCUUGACCAGUCCCCUCAUCAGCUCGCCAAGGCAAAGCAGAAGGAGCCCUUGAAGGAUUGCAAGAUUAUUGAGGGUGAUGCUGAGGACCUCCCUUUUCGAACUGAUUACGCUGAUCGAUAUGUAUCUGCCGGAAGCAUUGAGUACUGGCCAGACCCACAGCGUGGCAUCAAGGAAGCAUACAGGGUCUUAAAACUUGGAGGAAAAGCAUGCGUAAUUGGUCCUGUGUACCCAACAUUUUGGUUAUCUCGCUUCUUUGCAGAUGUGUGGAUGCUUUUCCCAAAGGAGGAAGAGUACAUUGAAUGGUUCCAAAAGGCAGGGUUUAAAGAUGUCCAACUGAAAAGAAUUGGCCCAAAAUGGUAUCGUGGGGUUCGCCGGCAUGGAUUGAUAAUGGGAUGUUCUGUAACAGGCAUUAAACCAGCAUCCGGGGAUUCUCCUUUACAGCUUGGUCCAAAAGAAGAGGAUGUGACAAAGCCUGUAAAUCUGCGGUCGUUCUUUGUGCGGUUCAUCUUGGGUGUCAUGGCAGCAACAUACUUUGUUCUGGUGCCUAUAUACAUGUGGCUCAAGGAUAAAAUUGUACCCAAAGGUCAACCAAUCUAAGAGAGAGAGAGAGAGAGAGAGAGAGAGCCUUAGAAAACAUUAUAUUUCAGCAUCUUUUCGUGUGCUUUUGGUUGGUUUCACUUUUAGUAGGCAGGCAAAGUUUUCAUAGUGUUUGGUGAGACUGAAU